GUCUCAAUCACUGACAAAGAGUGAACCUUCUGGGAAUACAAACCGGGAAUAUUUUCUCAUAUUCUAACAACAAUAAUAAUAUAACUAAUAGUGUAUAUUAUCAUUUACUCCCAAUGGGACCUCCAAACGGUGCUGUGGAAAUGUUCCAAGUAUGGGACUAUGUGGUGUUUGCUUGCCUGUUUGUGGUAUCUUCUGGUAUCGGAGUCUUCUUUGCCAUAAAAGAGAGGAAAAAAGUGUCGUCAAAAGAAUUCUUGGUCGGUGGACGACAGUUAACUUGUGGUCCAGUGGCACUCUCUCUCACAGCCAGCUUUAUGUCAGCAGUGACUGUUAUUGGAACUCCCUCAGACGUAUACCGCUAUGGGGCUUCGUUUAUUAUCUUUGCCAUUGCCUACACAUUGAUGGUGAUCUUAACAGCAGAGCUCUUUCUUCCUGUCUUCUACCGGUCAGGCAUCACCAGCACAUAUGAGUAUCUUGAGCUACGUUUCUCUAAGAUGGUCCGUCUAGCUGCUACUGCAAUUUACACAGUGCAAACAAUUUUAUACACAGGAGUGGUGGUGUUUGCUCCAGCUCUAGCUCUUAAUCAAGUGACCGGGUUUAAUCUCUGGGGAUCAAUAUUUGCCACUGGAAUUGUCUGCACGUUCUACUGUACACUGGGAGGAUUAAAGGCUGUAGUUUGGACCGAUGCCUUCCAGAUGGUGGUGAUGGUGGCUGGUUUUCUUACUGUGCUGGUACAGGGGACAUAUAAAAGUGGAGGAAUCAAUAAAGUCUGGGAGACAGCACAUGCUGGUCAGAGAAUGAAAGUCUUUGACUUUGACCCCAGUCCUCUGAGACGUCAUACCUUCUGGACAGUCUCUAUAGGGGGCAUGUUCACAUGGCUAGGCAUCUAUGCUGUAAACCAGUCUACUGUCCAGAGGUGUAUUUCCUGUAAGACAGAGGCCCAUGCUCGCUGUGCGCUGUAUCUGAAUCUGCUGGGCCUUUUGUUGAUAGUAUUCUGUGGUGUGGUCUCAGGACUCAUCAUGUACACUUUCUACUCCGGCUGUGACCCCUGGACAGCUGGCUUUGUGUCAGCUCCUGACCAGCUUAUGCCAUACUUUGUACUAGAAGUAUUGGGCAGCUUUCCGGGUCUGCCUGGGCUGUAUGUGGCUUGUGCUUUCAGUGGAACCCUCAGCACAGUGGCUGCCAGUAUCAACGCUUUGGCCACAGUGACGUAUGAGGACUUUGUAAGCCAAUGUUUCAGAAACCUCUCAAAUAAAGCAGCCAUGUGGAUCAGCAAAGCCCUGUGUGUGGUGUUUGGAGUGAUCUGUACCAGCAUGGCAGUAGCAGCAUCCAACAUGGGAGCAGUUUUGCAGGCUGCUCUCAGUAUCCAUGGUAUGUGCGGAGGGCCGACUCUUGGACUCUUUUCUUUAGGAAUUUUCUUCCCUUUCACAAAUACUAUGGGGGCUAUAGGAGGUCUGAUCCUGGGCAUUUCUGUGUCCUCCUGGGUGGCAGUGGGAGCCUUCAUCUACCCUGCUUCCAUAAGCAUCUCCCAACCUCUGCCUCUGAGCACAGAGAACUGUAACCUAGUCAACAAAACAUUUGAAACCUUCAUUCAAACAGACAUCCCAGAUACAGGAUCUGUGCUGGCUGAGUCCUGGUACUCCAUGUCCUAUCUAUACUACAGUACAGUGGGUUUUCUGGCAACAGUCAUAGGAGGCCUGUUGAUCACACUGAUAACAGGCCCCACCAAGCCACAGGAAGUGGAGCCUGGGCUGAUUCGGCCGGUGUGUGACUUGUUCUGCUUUUUCUCAGAAAAAUACAAGACCAUGUGCUGGUGUGGUGUCAACCAUGCAGAGGACAAAUUGGAAUUGGAUACUGUGGAUUUUGGAACAGCGUGGGAGAAUCACCAAGAUCAGGACAUUAAACAUGAGAUCAAAGAUAUCCAUCCGAGUAACACGAUCCAGGAUGACGGUUACAAUAAUACAGGCUUUGUCCCAGAUGUACCUUUUCGUGUUCUGGCAAAACAGCUAUAAUCUGUUUUAUAUAUAUAUAUAUAAAGUUUUCAAAAAUAACUAUUCAAAACAAAAAGGAGUCAAACACCCAACAUGUCAAUUAAAAGAUACAGUCAAUGAUUUAUUACAGAAAAGAGUGAUAUCCAAAUUUUUUCUAUAGAUGUUUUGUACAUUUUUUUUUACAUGUAAACAGGGAUGGUGUAAACAAAACACGCUGUUGAUAUUAUUUAUGUCAUCAUAUUAAUCAAGUACAAAUCAGAAUGCACUGAAUGUGGUAUUGUACUGAAACAUUCUGCAUGGUACAUCCUGGGCUCUUACAGGUCAUCACCAGCUCUUUUGGUGACGUAAAAGGUCAGCGGGUGGUCAAAUAUCUUAUCCUAUUACCUCAGUGAAUAAGCAUCUAUUGCUUGUUUAACAUAUUACCCGUCAUUAGUCAUCAUAAUUGUGCAUAUCUUACUAAUGCAUAAUUGACAUCAAACUUUCUCAUAACUAUAUUCAGCGUUAUUUUCUCUGUAAAACAACUCGUCUUUGCCAUUGCAUCUUAUAUAAUACCUGAUUAGAAAAUAGAUGACGCUCCAUUUUUGCUAAUUCAACUGAAGUUUGUGUCACAAUAACAAGUGCUCUUGUUCCUAAUGAAAUAAAUCUAUUUUAAACAUGA